AUGCAGUCUGCGGGAUUUUUGCUUGCGAGAUGCAUGCGAGAAGGGCACAUGGCUCGUACGUGGGUGAGACCAUCAAUGCGUCAUCAACGGUCGGGUGGAUCUCCGAAAGCGUUUGCAAAUGGAGAGGUACAUGUGCCAGAAUUCAAGGUAUCGCCCACGACCGGGCUCGACAACAUUGCUGCCUUCACAGCAGCGCAUCCUGACGAGAUCGCGGAGGUCCGCCAAAAGAACCAGCUGCUCCGGGCGAUUGUGAGGACCCUGCCAUGGCCCAAGCUACGGCACUUCGAGGCACACGGCCACAAUUAUGAUUUGCCACUGCGAGCCUCGAGGGUGACACCUGCGCCGGCCAUCGAUGCAACCAUGGAUUCCAGGUUGCGCUUUUUGGCUGGUUUCUUUGAUGGUGACGGUACUGUUGGUUGCCAGUCUAGUUUGUCCGGGUGCUACUUGCAGGUAGGGCAGUCCUUCGACCGGGCUGAUAUUCUAAUGCUGCUGCGAGCAACAUUCGGGGGAAGCAUCGGGCUGCAAAGAAACGGCCUAGGGCUGUGCAAACCUGCUCUUCAGUGGACGCUGUGUGGCCAGGCGGCCCGGAGAGCCGCUUCGCUCCUGCUGCCGCAUAGCAUCACCAAGCAACAGCAGCUCUUGCUUGCAGCCCAGUGGCCCGACACGAAGUGCGGGAGAGAGGAUAGCAAAGCCGAGCUGCGCAACCUGAAAGAGCACGACUCGGCAGUCGCGGGGCCAUGCAGUUGGGAGUACUGUGCCGGCUUCUUCGAUGCAGAGGGCUGCAUAAAGCAAAGAAACCACGGAGCCUCGCUGCAGUUGGAGAUUGCUCAAAAGCAUCCCCAAGUGUUGAUGUGCCUUCGCAGGUUUCUGGCCAGUACUUCAGGGAUCAGCGCUACACUGAUGACGACAAGCGCUGCGCACCUGCUUCGUGUUUAUGGUCUGCAAAGCUGCAAAUGCAUCUUGCGACAGAUGUUGGAUGCCGGACUGCUUCGCAAAGCGAAGCAAGCGGAACUGGCCUUGAGCCUAGCGCCGGAGAACGCAACGCGAGUCAGAACUGAACUCGUCGAUCUUACUGGCAACCAAGCAUUUGGGAAGAAACUAGAUCUCGCAGGCCAGGAAAGGGCACGAAGGAUAGCUUCACUGGGGAAGCAAGCCAUUACCAUGUUGAAAGGAGGCAAGCUGCAGAUGGCUGAAGCCGUGCUGGAUAAUCUUGAAGUGCUGCGGCUUGAGCACGAGUUGUUGCGUGCACUCCACGAGAAUGAGGAGCUGGUCAGAUAUGCCGGUUUCAUACGACAAUUGCACAACACUGGCUGGGAAGGUCCAUAA